AAUGGUUUAAAUGCGCUCCAUUUAGCAGCUAAAGAUGGUUAUGUCGAUAUCGUGAGUGAACUGCUACGACGUGGCAUUAAGGUAGACAAUGCCACAAAAAAAGGUAAUACAGCAUUACAUAUUGCAUCAUUGGCCGGCCAAAAAGAAGUCAUUAAAUUACUUAACCAGUAUAACGCAAAUGUUAAUGUCCAAUCAUUAAAUGGUUUUACGCCACUUUAUAUGGCAGCUCAAGAAAAUCAUGAUGCUUGCGUUCGUUUUCUAUUAUCAAAAGGAGCGAACCCAUCACUCGCCACUGAGGAUGGAUUUACGCCACUGGCUGUUGCCAUGCAACAAGGUCACGAUAAAGUAGUUGCUCUUCUUUUGGAGUGCGAUGUUCGUGGAAAAGUUCGUUUGCCAGCACUACAUAUUGCAGCUAAGAAAAAUGAUAUAAAUACCGCUAGUUUAUUAUUGCAGAGAGAAGUCAAUCCGGAUAUUGUGUCUAAAUCGGGAUUUACACCAUUGCAUAUCGCAGCACACUAUGGCAACGUGCAUAUUGCUAAUUUACUGAUCGAGCAUGGAGCCGAUGUAAAUUUUACGGCGAAGCAUAAUAUAACGCCUUUACACGUAGCCUGCAAGUGGGGUAGAACUAAUAUCCUGGAUUUAUUAUUGUCAAAACAUGCAAAUAUUAAUGCUACCACGCGUGAUGGUCUUACACCACUUCAUUGCGCGGCCCGUUCAGGUCAUGUCGAUGUCCUUGAGAUAUUACUUGCGAAUAAUUCUCCCAUACUUUCGAAGACAAAAAAUGGGCUUGCUCCGCUUCACAUGGCAGCACAAGGUGAACAUGACGAAGCAGCUCAACUACUGUUGGCGCAUAAAGCGCCAGUUGAUGAGGUAACCGUUGACUAUUUAACUGCUUUGCAUGUUGCAGCCCAUUGUGGUCAUACGCGCGUUGCCAAACUUUUACUGAAUUACAACGCCGAUGUCAAUGCUCGCGCUCUUAAUGGGUUUACGCCGUUACAUAUCGCUUGUAAAAAAAAUCGCAUCAACGUCGUUGAACUACUGCUGAAACAUGGUGCAAUCAUCAGUGCCAAAACCGAAUCGGGUCUGACUCCAUUACAUGUUGCUAGUUUUAUGGGUUGCAUGAACAUUGUCUUAUAUCUAUUGCAACAUGAUGCUUUACCCGAUGCACCAACUGUUCGAGGAGAGACGCCACUGCAUUUAGCCGCUAGGGCGAAUCAAACAGAUAUUAUACGAAUCUUACUUAGAAAUGGUGCACAAGUUGAAGCACGGGCCCGAGAAGGUCAAACACCACUUCAUGUAGCCGCACGUUUAGGAAAUAUUGACAUAAUUAUGCUUAUGUUGCAACAUGGUGCUAACGUUGAUGCUUUAACUAAGGACAUGUAUACGCCAUUGCAUAUUGCAGCGAAAGAGGGACAAGAAGAGGUUGUUCAAUUACUGGUCGAAAACAAUGCGGAAUUAGAUUCAGUUACUAAGAAAGGAUUUACCCCACUGCAUUUAGCAGCUAAAUAUGGUAAUGGCAAAGUUGUGGCCUUACUAUUACAGCGUGGUGCUAAAAUCAACUGCCAAGGCAAGAACGAUGUAACGCCUUUACACGUGGCGACACAUUUCAAUCAUCCGAAAGUGGUAUUUUUAUUACUUGAGCGAGGUGCUUCUCCUUUGCUUUGUGCUAAAAAUGGACACAGCGCCUUGCAUAUUGCAGCUAAAAAAAAUGAAAUGGAAAUAGUGCAGCAACUACUUCAACAUGGUUCAGAUCCUGAUUGUCUCAGCAAAUCCGGCUUCUCACCGUUGCAUUUAGCGGCACAGGAGGGUCAUGUUGCUGUGGUGAAUUUAUUGUUGGAGCAUGGAGUUAACGCCAACGUUCAAGCCAAAAAUGGUUUAACACCCCUGCAUUUGUGUGCUCAAGAAGAUAAAACUGAUGUAGCGCAAAUACUCAUUGAUCAUCAGGCUAAUAUAUCCGAGCGUACUAAAGCCGGAUACACUCCGUUACAUAUAGCAGCACAUUAUGGUCAAAUAAAGAUGGUAAAAUUUUUACUAGAAAAUGAUGCUAAUAUCGAAAUGAGUACUAAUGUGGGCUAUACGCCAUUACAUCAAGCAGCACAGCAGGGCCACAUAAUAGUCAUCAAUUUACUUUUGCGGCAUAAGGCUAAUCCAAAUGCCGUUACCGACAACGGCCAAACUGCACUAAGUAUUGCUGAUAAUUUGGGAUAUAUUACUGCCGUUGAAACUCUAAAAGUUGUAACAGAAAAAUCUGUAUCAAAUACUACAACUGGCGUACUUGAAGAGAAAUACAAAGUAGUAUCACCAGAAUUGAUGCAUGAAACCUUUAUGUCAGAUUCCGAAGACGAAGGUGGAGAUGAAAAUAUUGACCAUCAACAAUACAAAUACAUGGCUACUGAUGACUUAAAAGCGUCCGAUCAAGAUAAUCACAACUAUGACACAACCCAUACUGACGACCACAAUGAUCAUAAGCAACAAAAACAUAUCCAACAAGUUCUUCAAACAGAAUCAACUGGCCGUAAUAUCAUUCAAAACGAUAAAGCUGACAUUAUGUUUGCAUCAUCGAAUCAAAAUUCUUUGAAGCAGAAUGACAACGUUCCGAUUAUUCGGCCUCCUGUUCAUUUGGGUUUCCUGGUAUCGUUCCUUGUGGAUGCACGUGGUGGCUCAAUGCGAGGUUGCCGCCACAGUGGAGUUCGUGUGAUUGUUCCCCCAAAAGCUUGCACGCAGCCAACACGUAUUACCUGUCGUUAUGUAAAACCACAAAGAGUACAUAACUCGCCUCCCUUAAUGGAAGGCGAAGCCUUAGUUAGUCGUAUAAUGGAAUUAUCUCCAGUCGAGGGAAAAUUUCUUAGGCCAGUGGUUCUAGAGGUACCGCAUUUUGGGUCACUGAGAGACAAGGAGCGAGAAAUAAUAAUUUUGCGUUCAGACAAUGGUGAUAGUUGGCGAGAACAUACAUUGUUCGACAGUGACGAAGUUAUGCUAGACGUUCUUCAGGAAACGGCAAAUGGUGAACUGAAUUCAAUGGAAGAUUUGCACACUAGUCGUAUCGUACGCAUUGUAACUCUCACUUUUCCACAUUUUUUUGCGGUAGUAUCUCGUAUUCGGCAGGAGGUUCAUGCUAUUGGCCCUGACGGUGGCACCGUCUCUUCAGAAGCGGUGCCGCAAGUACAGGCAAUUUUUCCGCCUAAUGCUCUCACUAAGAAGAUUCGUGUCGGUCUUCAGGCACAGCCAGUUGAUCUGAACGGUUGCAGCAAACUUCUGGGCCAAGGUGUGGCUGUGUCGCCAGUGGUUACCGUUGAACCGCGCCGUCGGAAAUUUCACAAGGCUAUUACGCUCAGCAUACCAGCUCCAAAGGCGUCUACUCAAGGGAUGGUGAAUUCCCCUUACACAGGAAAUGCUCCAACUUUACGGCUUUUGUGUUCAAUAACAGGGGGACAAAAUCACGCGGUCUGGGAAGAUGUAACGGGGUCAACACCCUUUGCUUUCGUAAAGGAUAGUAUUACAUUUACUACGACAGUAUCGGCUCGUUUUUGGUUAAUGGAUUGUCGUAAUAUCUCGGAGGCUAGCCGUAUGGCCACUGAACUAUAUUCUUACAUGGCUCAAAUCCCAUUUAUGGUAAAAUUUGUGGUUUUUGCAAAACGAGUUUCGCUAAAUGAGGCAAAGAUUUCUGUGUUUUGUAUGACGGAUGACAAAGAAGAUAAAACCUUGGAGCAGCAAGAGUACUUUACCGAAAUUGCUAAAAGCAGAGAUGUGGAAGUGCUUGGUGACCAAGAUAUUUAUUUGGAGUUUGCAGGCAACUUGGUACCUGUAUUGAAAUCAGGCGAACAGUUUAAUUUAAAAUUUCAGGCCUUCCGCGAAAAUCGUCUUUCUUUCAUUGUGCAUGUCAAAGAUCAAGAAGAGCCUUACGGUCGCAUAAGCUUCAUGAAUAAUCCGAAAGUUAGUAUCCGUGAACCACCACAGGAACCAAUUUGUGUAUUAAACAUAUCAUUAGAAGGUUCUGAUAUUGUUGAUAAUGUCAAUCGUUUUAAUUGUAGCCAAAAAUGUUUAAAUAAUAUAACAGUUGAUCCUGGUCUCAAUUAUAAGGAUUUGUUAAAUGCAGGUUUCAAGAUAACAGAGUUGAAACUUGCAAAUGACUUAGACGGAUCUUUAGAUAUUAGAGAAGGUCUAAACCAAAUAAAUGUACUGCAAAUACUUGCAAAAGGAGACAACACAUUACACCGAGCCGAUAUACGCUUAUCGGAUGUAUGUAAUUUUAUAAACGACGACUGGAUACGCUUGGCUAAAGAAUUGGGUGUCCCCGAGACCGAUUACGAGGUUAUUAAUGCGGAAUACACGGAGAGUCCAUCACAAAAGGCAAUGAUUAUGCUGCGACUUUGGGUGCGUCAGCAAGGUCUUAAAGCCACAGGCAACCGUUUGGAGCAUGCUUUGCGCAAUAUUAAUAGACCCGAUAUUGUAGACAAAUGUAUAUUUAAUAUGGAACCUGUGACUGAUGACAUCGAAAAAAACAUGGCUAAAACUACACUAGAUCGAUUGCUGUUUAGCGGACAAAAAUCCCCUAAGAAUUGUAUACUAAAACAAAAUGAAAUUUAUGGGUACCAUAAAGUAAAUGAUGAGACGGUAUCCGCUGAAAUCGCAGAAGGUAUAUCUGCAAAUGGCUCGUCAAGGAAGAUGAAUUCACUAACACCCAAUAAUAUUUCACAAUUGAUACAAACGAACUAUGACAUAAAUAAUAUACGUCGAAUCGCGGAAGAACAUGUUGUACAAAUAUUAGAAGAAGCUCAAAAGAACAUUGAAGGAGAUGGUUCAUCUGGAUCUAUUACUCAACGAAGUAAUGUAACAAGUCCUGUACAGAUAGUAAAGGGUAAUGGUGAUGGAUGGAAAGCUGGUACGACCGAAACCCAGAAUAUUAGUGCGAACGAUGAUAACGUGUUACCUAUGUUCAAACAGCAUCAACAGGAACAUGUUGGGCAGCCAGAUGAUGCUCUAAUACAUCAUAUAAUUGAUCGAACGUCCAAUAUAAAUGUUAUUCCGAAUCUUUAUGAAGGUGUGAACUCAACCACUCACAACCGUAGUGACAGACAUGAAAAUCCGCUGUUUCUAGAUAUAGAAGUGAGUAAGCAGAACCCCAAAGACGCGUUAAUUGAAGAUUGUAUGGGCAAAAUUAAUAAGUUGCCUGUUGGAGCGUUAGAUAAAGUGUCUUCAAGUAUACUGGCAUCUGUUAACAAUGGUAAUGAAAGUACAGUUAACUCGUCGAUUACUAUAAAAGAAAAUAGAAGUAAUAUAUUUGAACACCAAUAAACUUCUAUGUUAGAACCGUAUGCAUCAUAUGAAGAUAUCUUACACAGGCUAGCGCACACCUUCCGUUACAGAACCGAACCAAGUAAUCAGUUGCUAGGUAAUCACAAUUUUUUUUUUAUCUUAGAAAGUUGAAGUCUUUUCUUUAUUGUAGUUUAAGGUAUUAAAAUACCAGAUCGAAAAAAUGGCUAAAAGCCUAAUAUAUAUGUCAUAGGAUGAUGUCUACGAGUUCCUGAAUUCUUUUCUGCCAAGUAAGAUGUACAAACAAAAAGAAGUUGUUGAUGGCAAUAUUUUUCUAUUUCUUUGAAAUGAUGUCCGCUUUAUCAAAUGUUUUGGGAAUGUUCUUUAAUUCUAUGGUCAUCAAUGAAAAUUAUUAUUUAGACAAAGGGGAGGUUUAAAUAAGCUGAAUCAUUUAAUUAAAAAAAAUCAUGGAAAUGGCAGUUAUAUAAUAGAAUACGAAUGUAAUAAUGUGUUAUAUGCAUAUACCAACAGCUCGAAAAAUAGUUGUUACAAGUAUUUGCUAUUUUGAAAUAUUGUAGCCCUACAAAGGUAAACAACCUAGGAUAACAAAGGAAAAGCGUACAGAAAAAUUUUAUCAAACGGCUAGACUAAAGAUAUUGUGUUUGAGUUCAAAUUCAAAAUAUUAAGUCGUGGACAUUUUUUUAUAUUAGCAAUAUCGCGGGAAAAAUACGAUUUAUAUUUAAUUCUGACUCUGCUGGAACCCUUUCUUAUCUUGUCUUUGUAACAUUAUUUUGUUAACACUUCAAAUUUAUCUCGGGCAAGCUGCAGUGACUGAGAAUAAAAGAUUUUAAUAUUAAUAAAACCAUUUUUCUUGUUAUAAA